CCUCCAUCACCGAGCAAGUUAGCUACCAAAGUCAAUUCUCAAACAUAUAGUUCCCACUUACUAAACUGAUCCGUACGUUUCCCAGGGUACUACACGAAGCAAAUUAUGGCCGUGGACACAGUGAUGGGGAUGGUGAGGGACAAGCCGGUUGUGAUAUUCAGCAAGAGCAGCUGCUGCAUGAGCUACACGGUGAAGACGCUCAUAAGCAGCUACGGUGCCAACCCAACUGUUUAUGAGCUCGAUGAGAUCCCUGGCGGGAAGGCGAUAGAGGGAGCCCUUAUCCAGCUCGGAUGCAGGGAGGCCGUGCCUGUGGUGUUCAUAGGGCAGAGGCUUGUCGGCGGGACGAAUGAGCUCAUGAGCCUCCAAGUCAGGGGCAGGCUCGUGCCUCUCCUCCGAGAUGCUGGGGCUAUUUGGGUCUGAUUAUAACCCAAUUGAAGAGCAUGCCCCAUGUCUUAGUUUUGAUUGACGCUGCCAUUAACUUAUAGAGAUCUCUAUGGAUCAAGGUUUUGGUAUAAAUGUAACCGCAAUACAUGUUGUUAGGAUAUGUAUAUCUGACCCUUUGGUUUUAGCCUUUAGGGGUCAAGAUAUAUAUACAUAAUUAGAUUAAUCUCUUCUUCUUCUUCUUCUUUCUUCUUUUUUGUUUUGUUUUGUGUUUUGGUCGAUAAAUGAGAUAUAGAGAAGAGAAGAGAAGCUCGUGGACUUAAUUUUGGACAUGUUAUCACGGGUUGUACCUUCAUUUCUCUACUUAAAAGUUUUAAAUUUCGAUUGUAACCAGAAAGGAUGCUCGCCUUUUCUAAUUCCAUGGAUAAAUAUAUGUAACUUUUUUUUCAG